AAAUUCCGUCACGGCACUCGACUCUUUCUUCUCCUCAUCACGUAGUUUUCGCCAUCCACGCACUUCCUUCGCAUGACACGAUCAGCGUCUCUUCCUUCGCUAUAUAUAUACAGACACACACAAACAACAACCUUCUGCAGCACUCUCGACGGCCAUGGCUCGCGUUCUCGUUCUCCUGGCAGUGCUUGCAGCCGCCUCGGCAUGGGAGCCUGCGAAGGCUCCCCCAUGCAGCAAGAUUACGGAGAUGAUCGUGCCGUGCAUUCCCUACUUGAUCGACAAGGCGGCGCACCCAGGACCGAAGUGUUGCAGCGGGGUGAGAGACCUGCGCAAGGCGACCAAGACCCACGACGACCUGGUGGCCAUCUGCGAAUGCCUCGAGCGCGCCGCCCACCUCUUCCCCGGGAUCGACCACCCGCGCGCCGACAACCUCCCCCACCUCUGCGGGGUGCGCUUCAACCUCACCUUCUCCCCCUCCGUCGACUGCAAGAAAAUUCCAGGGCCCGAAGAGCUGGAGAAGCAUCUGCUGUAGACUCCCUCCAUCAGCGUCUGCAUGCAUGAGCAAUCAAUCGCAGCAAAAGGAGGUCGCAACAACAUGAUUGCUCAGUGUUCACUUUACUCGGAAAUCUCACUCUUCCUUCAGUUGAUUCAAUAAAAUUGUAUGGUCUCAUGUUCAUCAAGAUAUGUGAAUCAGCACUACAUGACAAGUGUUGAGGAUCACAAAGCACCAAUGACAGAUACUUCUUUUUUUUUC